UGCUGGAUCUAAACGAAAGAACCCUAGUUCCUUCCCAGCUUAAACCCCAGUCCCCCACAAAAAAUUGCACCCGAAUUCGAGCCAUUUCCUCUGAAAACUGUCGCAUGGCUCGCGUCCUGCGUUGAUCUUCGACAUCGUCCGCACAGAUUCGGAAGCCAUUUCUGCCCGAUAUCGGCCGGGAGCGCUCGCCGUCGCCACCCAUCUCGCGACGCCCCGCUUCGACUGCUGGUCUGGCAAGACUCCAAAAGCCGGCUUUAACGCCCUUGUGCGGAAGAUUCUGGUGUUGGAAGGAGAAAUGACACUUUCUCGGGCUGUGAUGCGAUCCUUGAACAAUGGCUUACUGCGGCAAUUCCAUCGUCCACAUUUAGCUAGACCCCUCUCAGUGAAUGCGGCGUCAGGUCAUAACGGCGAUCACAAAGAAAGUUCUAAUUCAUCUGAGCCUGCUGAUGAAUUUGAGCGGCGGAUAUUUGGCGGCUUUUCUGGAAUUGAUUCAAAAACUGAAUCAUUUUUUCAGAAGUUUGACAGAAUUGACAAGGCCGGAUCAGGUUCAGGACUGAAUGGUGAUAGCUCCCGGAUGCUUGAGGGCUUAACUGAUAGUUUUAGUACAUUAUCAGAUGGGAUGGAUGGGAGGUUGAAGAAAGAAGCCAUGUACUUCCCGUUCGAUUGGGAUGAAGUAGAACAAGAUGAUUAUGCAUUUAGACCCGAUAUGAAAUUUCUUCCGGGAAUGAAGUAUGAUGUAAAGGAUCUCGAUCUUAAGAAACCAGGAGUGCGCAAGUUCCCCAAAAGACGGGAAUUUGAAGUUACUACAGCAGAAGUGCUGAGAAAAGCUGAUUUCAGGAAUGUGAGAUUCCUUGCAAAUUUCAUAACCGCAGCUGGAAUAAUUAUCAAGAGGAGCUCGACUCGCAUCAGCGCCAAGGCACAGAGGAAGGUUGCAAGGGAGAUCAAAACCGCUCGAGCUUUCGGGCUUAUGCCUUUCACGACGAUGGGAACGAAAUCCUUCGUCUUUGGAAAAACGAUGGAGAAUCUUGACGAGGAUUACGAGUACGAGGCCUUUGAGGGGACCACGGGUGGUGACAUGGAAUGAGCGUCAUGACCCUGAUGCCACCAAGACUUCCGUGAGAAUCGUCCAUUUGACUUUUCGGUCUUGUCCUGGCAUGCUUCUUUGACUUCUCUAUCGUUCCAUACUUUCCAAUUUCGGGCAAGGUCAUAGCAUUGAGUCAGAGCAGAGCAGAGCCAUGUAGAGAUUUCUGUUGUUGGAUAACAAGCUGUGCUGGUCUGGGGACCUUUUUUCCGGAGUUACUAAUGAGACCAAGCUCAUGUGCUGGUUACUGGGACUUUCAUUUAUGUGUUUCGCUUGUUAAAGAUGCAUUGUCAUAAUCAGACAUCGCAUUUGAAAAAGAGAAUGGGACUCCGGGUGGACCGGGCAUUUCUUAAGUGGCUGGACAAGUGUCUGUUCCGGUCCGGCGGCCCGCCUCCCCUGCGAAGAAGCUUUGUAAAAUUGAGUCUGGGUUCUUUCUUGUGACACAAGAUACUUACAAUUCUUUUUCGUUCAUGUAAUUGCCUCGAUAGGUUAAUGUAAUUCAGGAAGCUAACAUCAUUGC